ACCAAGAGGAAAUAAAAAAGAUGAAGGACAGGUUGGAAAAUGAACUGGUUAAAGUCAUUCGAAAGGACAACUUUGAAAUUACUGUUGUCACUUUGGACUAUGGGAUGAAAAACAAGGACCCCAUCAAUACCACAUAUUUCUACACUAAGGCUAACCCUACUGAAGCAUUCAAGAUUCCCAGAGAACAGGUGUCCAAGCUUCUCCCAGUGUGCUUUGCUGAGAAGAUCCUCAGAGUUUACUGUAAGAACUCAGCCAGUCUGAGAGAUGCUAAGUUCUGCUUUCAAAGCUGGUGUCACGAAAAUGACUUUCUAACUGAGGAUCGAGACAGAGCAACUCCAUGAAAUGAAGAUGUGAAACACUGAGAAAUGUAUUUUUUUGUGUUACUGCAGAGAUUUAAAAACAGGUAAAUCAGCAAACUAAAGUAGUUUGAUGAAUAAAAU